AGCAGCUGCUGAAGAGAAAGAAUGAAGAAGAGCCCAUAGAAAGAAAUAAGAGAGGGAGUGAGGAUGAAGAGAGUCAAACUCCUUCUAGGAGACAUCCCACAAUGUUGACUGAAAACAUGCCUACACAGUGCUACCAAUUCCACAGCUGUCUGUCCCAGCAGCAGAACCUGCUUCAAGACUACAUGAGGACCGCCACCUAUCAGAGAGCCAUGUUAGUCAAUGAGACUGAUUUCAGAGACAAGGUGGUUCUGGAUGUUUGUUGUGGUUCUGGUAUUCUGUCUUACUUUGCCAUCCAGGCUGGAGCCACCAGAGUGUAUGCUGUUGAGUCCAGCCCCAUGGCCAAGUACACACAGAUCAUGGUCCAGAGUAACAGUCUGUCCGAGCGGAUCAGGGUCCUGGAGGGGGAGGUGGAGGAGGUCAGCUGUCCCGACAUGGUGGAUGUCAUCGUCUCUGAGCCCAUAGGUUACAUGCUGCUCAACGAGAGACUGAUGGAGAGCUUCCUGCAUGCCAGGAAGUGGCUCAAACCCAAUGGUCUGAUGUUUCCCUCCUGUGGUGACAUUCAUCUGGCUCCCUUCAGUGAUGAGCAGCUCUACUUUGAACACUACGCACGAGCCACUUUCUGGCAGCAGAGAAGCUUCUAUGGUGUUAACCUGAGUGCUCUUCACGGUGCUGCAGUGGAUGAGUUCUUCAGGCAGCCUAUAGUGGACACAUUUGAUGUGCAGAUCUUGAUGGCCAGGUCUGUGAAGCACUGCAUCAACUUCAAGGAGGCUAAAGAAGAGGAUCUGCACAGAAUGGAGAUUCCCUUUGUGUUUACACUGCUGCAGUCUGGUCUGGUUCACGGACUGGCCUUUUGGUUCGAUGUUGCUUAUCUGGGAUCCACGUCAGCAGUGUGGCUCUCCACAGCUCCCACUGAGCCUCUGACCCGCUGGUAUCAGGUCAGGUGUUUGCUUCAGACACCGCUCUUUGCCAAGCUGGGGCAAACUCUGUCUGGGACUGUUCUGCUGGCCGCCAACAGCAGGCAGAGCUAUGACAUCCACAUCACAGCCACAGUCGACCAAUCAGGCUUCAGAUCUGGAAACAUCCUGGACCUCAAGGACCCUUUCUUCAGGAUGCCAUCCUGGUUCCACAACUAGAGACCUACAGAACAUUGGUGGGUCACCAAUGGUCCAGGCCGGGGGUCUCUCUCGUCCAGGAUGCAAGGUGAGGAAAACAGAGCUCAACCUUCAACUGCUGCAUAGAAAACAUAGGAAAGUGUUUUUUUACUGUCGAUCUCUUUCAUCUCCAGAGGAAUCGGAUAAGGAAUCAUCCUGUCACACCUCCACAUACCUGAGCUUUGACUCGUCUUUGUUGUUCUUUUUUACAUUUUGUUGGUAAAUUGAAAGUUGAAUUGAAUGUGAAGCUAGAGUAAAAGUUGAAUUUGUGACCUUAAGUCACACAAGUUACACAAACUUCAAUUUAA